GUGCUCCAGUCGCGUCUGACUAUAGCGAGGACAGACUCGUCCCCCGCCCACGUGGACUUUGAGUAUUCGGACACGCUCUGUGGCACGGCAUGGCGGGACGACUACGUCCGCCUGCACUCCGCCAUUCGCGCCGCCAGUUCCGCUGCCUACACCCCCCCUCCCUCUCCCCCUCCCCCUCCCUCCUCUCGCCGAUUGCUCGCUCUCGCAAAUUCCCCAUCACCCGUACCACCAACCGCAUCAGCAGCAGCAGCGGCAGUCCCAGACCCAAGCCUGUCAGAUCAGGCCCUCCCGGCUUCGUCCGUCCGCUUCCUCACCUUCGACGAGCACGGGCACUGCGGCGGGUUCGGGGACUUUCUAGUGGGCGUCGUCUCCUCCUUUGUCGCCGCGCUCUUAGACCGCCGGGCGUUUGUGAUCCGGCACGACUGCGUCCAGUACGCGUUCGAGCCCGCAUUCAUCGACUGGCGCCCGUCCCCUGAUGUUCCCAUGGAGCCUUCCCGGCGCACGGGUAACCUGAACGAGUCUUUCCCGCCGGGGGAGGUUCCGUUUCUCGAUUUGAACGGGAAUCGGGUGGAUUUGCAGCAGCUGGCGAAGUUUAAGGCGUUUCGGAACGUGAAGGUGCUGUGGAACCGGGGGAUUUUGACGGAGAUGCUUACAAACGGGACGGGCGAGUGGGCCGAUGCGCUCAGGGCGACCGGACUGCGCCCACCGUACGCCUUCGGCUGCAUUCUCCGGUUCCUUGUCAGGCCCAGGAAGGAGGUGUGGCCGCUGGUGGCGCGGCUGAUGCAGGAGAUGCGGGAGGUGCGGACGGUGGUGGUGGGGGUGCACGUGCGGCUGAGCGACAGUGCGGUGCGAGACCCCCACGCCACCACCAGCAGCGUCACUCCCGCCUCCAUGGCUGCUGCUAUGGAGCACGCUGCUCCCAUUCUGGCCUGUGCUAAGGCAGUGGAGGACAUGUGGUACCCCCCGCCUCUCACCGUGCGCUGGAUGCUCAUCACCAACUCCAUCGACUUCAAGAUGGCCAUCCGGUCCCACUUCCCCGGCAAGAUACUCGAAACAAAUUUCGUGCCGCGGCACUCACAGGCAUUCGGGGACAAGGACACAGAGCAGGCAAAGAGGGAAGCAGAGCAGGGCUAUCGAGAGAUGGUGGCUGAGUGGCUCCUGCUGUCGUCUAGCAACUCCUUUGUUCUGCCAAUCUCAGGGUUUUCACGAACCGCGGCUAUGUACUCUCUACGACCAAUGGCUAUCUAUACUCCGCCGCAUUACUGCGACCCGGAACGGCCACAUCAGCAAACAGAUUUCGGGAUUGCAUACAGUGGGAUCUAG